CUCUCUCUCUGUCAGUAGGGUAAUGAGUGAGGAGUGGAUGGAGGGAUCAGUGAUAGGCAGGCAGUAGAGGAGUGAGGAGGUCUGGAGAACUCAGCAGAGGAGCAGCGGACUCAGGUGAUAAUGAGGCUUUAAGAGGAGUAAGGGAUCAGCUGCUGGAUCUUCUGAGGACUGAAGAGUCGAUUUAAAGACAAUAAGAAGAUAAGAAUAAGACAAUACAUCUGAGAGAAGAGUCAAUCCAUCAGCUCCAUCAGUUUGGGAAUAAACUUUAUGGACGAUGCCCGUCUUGUCCUUCCUCCACCUCGUCCUCGUCCUCCUCCCAUGUCCCGUCUUCCUGAGCGGGGACACCGCUCUGGUCUCCGUGUCCCAGCGCGUCUCCAGAGACACCAAACCCCAGUCCAUCCGGGUGGUGGUCUCAGAGCCGUGUCUGCAGGGUGGAGACCCCUGUGAGCCCAGCGAGGCUAAAGGGAAGGAGGUGGAUCUGGAACCGGGGGCUCCUCUGGUUCUGACCCACCGGAUCCGGCUGGUUCCGAGCUCGGGGUCCGGCUGCGGCGGCUGCGAGGGGGACUUCGCGGCUCUCAGGGCUCGUCUGGAGAGGCUGGAGAGGGAGGUGUCUGAGCUGAGGGAGAAAUGUGGAGGUCCGGAGGGAGGAUGCUGCACCUCCCAGCAGAGUAAAGGAGCCGGAUGCACCACGGUCCAGCCACCGACAGACGAGUGUCCGGACGACUGCAGUGAUCAGGGACGCUGCGUGGACGGAAAGUGCGUUUGUUUCCCAGGAUUCAGUGGGCCGGACUGCAGCGAGUCCGACUGCCCGGGUAACUGUAACGACAAAGGGAAGUGCGUGGACGGUCAGUGUGUGUGCGAUCCCGGCUUCACCGGUCCGGACUGCUCCCAGAGCUCGUGUCCUGGGAACUGCAACAACCGAGGGCGGUGUGUGAACGGGAAGUGUGUGUGUAACCCCGGCUUCUCUGGUCCGGACUGUUCCGGUAAAUCUUGCCCCAAAAACUGCAGCAACCGUGGCAGAUGUGUGAACGGGAAGUGCGUGUGCGAUACCGGAUUCACCGGCCCAGACUGCUCGGCUCGGUCGUGUCCGAGAAACUGCAGUAACAGAGGCAGGUGUGUGAACGGGAAGUGUGUGUGUGAAGCCGGAUUCUCUGGUCCGGACUGUUCUGAAAGGUCUUGCCCUGGAAACUGUAACAAUAAGGGCCGGUGUGUGAACGGACAGUGUGUGUGUGACGCUGGGUUUUCUGGUCCAGACUGUUCCGCCAAGACGUGUCCUGAUAACUGUAAUAACCGGGGACGGUGUGUGAAUGGGAAGUGUGUGUGCGACGAGGGGUACGGCGGUCCGGACUGUUCUGAGAGGACCUGCCCCGGAAACUGCAACAACAAAGGCAGGUGUGUGAAUGGUCAGUGUGUGUGUGACCCCGGUUUCACCGGUCCGGACUGUUCCGAGAGGACCUGCCCCGGAAACUGCAAUAAUAAAGGCAGGUGUGUGAACGGACAGUGUGUGUGUGACCCCGGUUUCGCCGGACCGGACUGUUCCGCCAAAUCCUGCCCUAAUGACUGCAGUGACCGAGGUCAGUGUGUGGACGGUGAGUGUGUGUGCGAUGAAGGUUUUACCGGUCCGGAGUGUUCCGCCAAAUCCUGCCCCAACGACUGCAGCAACAAAGGCAGGUGUGUCGACGGCAAGUGUGUGUGUGACGUGGGCUUCACCGGGCCGGACUGCUCCACCAAGACCUGCCCUAACAACUGCAGCAACCGUGGCAGGUGCGUGAGGGGCAGGUGUGUGUGCCGGCGUGGAUUCACCGGACCGGACUGCAGCGAGUGUGAAGAAGGGUUGACGGGACCCGACUGUGCAACAGCUCUGACGGGAGUUUCUCGUCUCAGUACGAGAGACAUCACCGAGUCUUCCGUCACUCUCUUCUGGACUCCUCCCUCUGUCCAGUACGACACCUACUACAUCACCUUCACCAGUAAGAAAGAGAGUGAUCAGAAGAUCGAGACUAAAGUGAGCGGUAGACUGACCACCUACACUCAGGUAGGGCUGGCGGCCGGACAGCAGUACAUGGUGACCAUCAUCGGAGAAAAGGACGGCAAGAUGGGAACCGAGAGCACCACAGAGUUCCAAACCCUGAUCUCCGGACCCAAAAACCUACAAGUAGUGAAGACCAGCACUACGUCUGUUAUCGUCCAAUGGGAGCAGGCGCUGGGAGAGAUCGACAGAUACAUCCUCUUCGUUUCGCCCAAUCAGACAGAUGGAUCGGGGCGGGGCAGGCAGGAGAUUAAGCUGCCGGCGGAGAGAGACUCCGCCCAGAUUGAGGGUCUGGAACCCGGUCGUCUGUACGAUAUCUCACUGGUUGCUGAGAAAGACGGAGCUCUGAGUCUACCGUCCACAACCCAGGCCACGCCCGGAGCCACCACAAAAGAAUUACCCAGGAUGGAAACUGUGACCAUGGAACCAUCAUUGAGACAUGACGACAGUGAUAGUAAGAAGGUGGAGACGAAGCUAAACAGGACUUCAGGACCCUUUUUGAAGAACCAAAAGCUGAGGAAGCCUCAUGGAGCUUCAGAUCCAGGAAGAUCCAGGAAUAUCAGUAUGUCCAGACCAACAGGUCAAGGAACACCCAAUCGACCAGGUCAGAUCAGGCCUGGCAAUCAACCUGAUGUAAUACGACAGCCAAAUGGUGGCAUGACGAGAUUCAAUGGCUCAAAGUUGAAUGAAAGAGGAGGAAGAAUAGGUCCAUAUCCUUUGAGGAGGGACCCUUUGGGAAGAUACUCAAUUGAGGGGCCAAGAAUAAAGAAACCAAUUAUAAACCAAGAGUCUGGACAAGAGCAUACAAUUACCAAGUACAGCACAACAACACUGGUAAUGAAGACCAGUCGUGAAGAGCUAAUGGACAGAGUGGUCGGAAGUCCUGCUGUAAAACAUGACUCUAAAGGUUCUCUUUCGCAGAGAGAAAACCACCCAACAGCCAGUGUUUUAGAAAAGCCUGCAGAUUUGAAGACAGUCCCAGAUUCUUCUCAGGUCAGCCCUGCAACAACUGAAGAGCCACAAGAGCCAACCAUCACCACCGAGAAGAACCUCACAGCUCAUAUCAAUGGGACAAAAUGUGUCAGAAGGGUCUUGGUUGGGCAUAGGAAGAUACACUUCAAUGGGUCAUCAGGUGAAAAAACAGUGACGAAAAACUUGACGGUCAUAGUUGGUCAUGUCAAUGGAAACGACCUUAUUCAAAAGCUCCUUCUAGGCAAUUCCGAAGGUCUUGUUGAAGAUGUUACACCAUCCAGUAUUGAACAAGCUAAGCUUCUACAAGAAGAAGGAAUUGAAACAGGGACAAUUGUGGACAAGCAGAGAAUGAGUGUCACUUCAUUGCCAACAAGCUAUACACCAAUUGAGUCAAUUUCAGAGAAAUUUAGGAGUAUGAGCUCACAAAGUGGAGAAACAGAAGAAACAGAGGUUGAGAAAACAGAUUUUCCACUCAUUUCUCCAUAUUCCUCGCCACCACCUUUGCCUUUUGCUCAAGCCAUCACAAUGUCCCAAACGAUUCUGCUGCCACCCAAAAUACAAAAGGGCAAACACCCUACUAGAGACUCUUCAAAGAUGCCUCCACCACAAAGAAGAUAUCCAACCAGACCAAUAUCUUCUGGUUCAUCAACCUCUGGGAUCAAAAAGGCACCCAUAACAUCAGUAACAUUUAAAGAUAGACCUCCAACCACAAAUGACCACGUAGUCCCUUCCCCUUCGCCUGACCCAUUUAGACUAAACAAUGACGACUCAGAAAGUAAAGAAGCAACUGUACCUGUACAAAUAGACAGUGAUCCACCAGAAUUAACCAAAUUACCAGAGGUGGAGUACAGACCAAUCACAGAUUCAGAAAAGACAAUCGAAAGAGGUGAAGGAGGAAUGCCUAAAAAUGAAUCGACAAAACCAAGAAAUGGGAAUUUACCUCCAUACCGCCGCACACCAUUCCGAGGUACAUUCCCUCGUAGACCGAACACUUCAUUCCAAAACCGAACCAGACCUAUACUGAGGCCUCCACAGUUUCCCAACAGGAGUCCACCACUGAGACCAGUCCAAGAGCCAAGAGUCCCAGACCCAGACAACAUCCCUGUUACGCAAACUACUGGCAGCAACCAAGCAGAACCUGAAAUCAAUGGUCAAAGCAGUCAAAAUGGCUUGAAUCCAAAACAAACCUUCAUAUUUCGAAGAAGGAACGGUUCAGUCAUCAGACCUCCACCGAACCUUCACAAACAGCCUUCACAAAAGUCAAAUUCCACCAAUAUUCAUAGCAGUAAGCUACAAACAAGAGGCAAAGACUCCAAUGUCUCAAGAUUUUCAUUGGAGAAAGAUGCAAGCAGCAAAGCACCUACAGUUGGACUUCCAACAGAUUUCACUCUCACAACAGACAAGCCUUCAGUUCCAACUAAUGACAGAUUUCAAGACGUUGCUGGAGAGUCAGAAGAUGGAACUGAUCGCAUUCUGUCUAAAGUUAAAAGCAGAGAUAACAUCACAGUUUGGCAGACUGUUCCCCAUGACCAAGUCAAGCCUGAAAUCAUCAGCAACGGCAGCCAAGGCAGCUCAAAUCGCAACCUAAGACCUGCUCUCACGGUUAGAGGUAAAAAUGGAACUUUUGUAAGACUUCCACCUAAACAUACUCAAAUAAAGCCAAUAAAACCAAAAGCUACAUAUGUUCACGGUGUCCGACAAGGGGGUAAAGGGAUGAAAGACUCAAUUUCUGAUCUUUUAAUAGACAAAAAUGCAAGAAAAGACCCUGAACCUGCUAUUGUAACAGGCAAAGGUCCAAGACAAGACCCUGAACCUGGACUUGUAACAGAAGAACUUACAAAACAAGGCCAGAAAACUGGUCUUGAAACAGAUGAAGAUGCAAGACAAGACCCUAAACUUGGUCUUGUGACAGGCAAAGGUCCAAGACAAGACCCUAAACUUGGUCUUGUAACAGGCAAAGUUCCAGGACAAGACCCUAAACUUGGUCUUGUAACAGAUGAAGAUGCAAGAAAAGACCCUAAACUUGUUAUUUUAACAGAAGAACAUAGAAGACAAGACCCCAAAACUGGUCUUGCAACAGACAAAGGUGCAAGAAAACAACCAAAACUGCCUCUUAUAACAGUAAAAGUGACAAACCAAGACUCAAGACUUUCUACCAACAAAACUGUCAGUAAAUCUAAAGGAAUGUUUGAGUUUUCGGAGUCAGAAGAUGGAAUAGAUCAUGUUGGAGUUCAGAAUGUAACAUCAAGAGGAUUUCUUGUCAUAUGGGCUUCACCUAGAGGAAUGUUCCAGAACUUCGUAAUCAGCCUAGGAGAACGCGGGAAAAGUGGAAGUGAAGAAGAAGAGGAAGAUAAAAAAGAGGAAAGUCCAAAUGUUCUCGGUAGUUCAGUGGAUUCCCACAUUGUGAGCUUGAAUAGAAGUGAUAUUGGAGUUAUUAAGAAAUUUACCAAAGUUCUUCCAGGUUCUGCUCGUUCCUACCCAGUCUCUGACCUCACCCCUCAGACCGGCUACUCAGUGUCUCUUUUCGGAAAGGGCCCUGGAUUACGGUCCAAUAUUCACAGCUUCAUCAUCAGCACAGGUCCGGAGCCUCCUUCAAACCUCGUCUUCAGUGAGGUGACCGACAGCUCUCUAAAAGUGUCCUGGACCAGACCCAAGAGCCCAGUGUCCGGGUUUAAAGUCACAUAUACACAUGUAGAAGAUGGAGAGCCUAUAUCCGUGGCGGUUGACGGUUCAGACUCCACCCUGCCUCUGUCGAAGCUUUCUCCCGGCUCUUCUUACGAGGUGAGCGUGAUAUCGUUGCUCGGACUGGACGAGAGCGACCCGAUCGACGGCGUCGUCCUCACGCUGCCCGACCCGCCGACUGACCUCAGGGCCAUAAAUGUCACGGACACGAAGGCCCUGCUGCUGUGGAGACCGGCUCUGGCCACCGUGGACCAGUACGUCAUCGUCUACGGCUCCGAGGAAGUUUCUGGCUCUGAACAGACCGUUAAAGUGUCGGGUAACGCGGCGGAGCAGCAGCUGCAGUCUCUCAGAGCAAACACUAAAUACACCGUCACCAUCAUCAGCCAGCUGGGAGAACACAAGAGCCCAGCCGCCAUCACCAUCUUCACCACCACCAGCGGCUCUGGUGGAAGAGGGGAGGGGCCUCGCGACCUGACCGCCAGUCAGGUGACCCCACGCACGGCCGUGUUGUCAUGGAAACCACCUGCUUCAGCCGUGACGGGCUACAAGCUGACGUACUUCACAGAGAGCCAGGAGAUGAAGGAAGUGAUCAUUGAACCUGGAAUCACUGAGUAUAAGCUGACAGGGCUUCACCCCUCAUCCACCUACACCGCCCGACUGCAGGGUCAGAGAGGAGGAGUCUACACUACAGCUAUCUCCACCCAGUUCACUACAGGUACCCUGCGGUUCCCCUUCCCCUCGGACUGCUCUCAGGAGCUGAUGAACGGGGUACGAGAGUCGGGGGUGGUGGAGAUUUUCCCUCGUGGGAAAGAAGGAAAACCGGUCCGAGUUUACUGUGAUAUGGAGACUGAUGGAGGAGGCUGGACGGUCUUCCAGAGAAGAAAGGAUGGGAAGACGAACUUCUUCAGGGGUUGGCAGGAGUACAGUAAGGGCUUCGGGGAGCUGGAGGGAGAGUUCUGGCUGGGCAAUGAGCUUCUCCACAAUCUGACCAUGAUGACCCCCAUGUCCAUGAGAGUGGACCUGAGGUCCGGAUCUGAGUCCGUCUACGCCGCCUACUCCACCUUCUCUGUAGACACCAUGAAGAGACACUACACCCUCCGAGUGUCGGGGUAUUCAGGAACAGCAGGUGAUUCUAUGACGUAUCAUGACAGACGGAAGUUCUCCACGCGAGACCGAGACCCCCAGCCCUUCAUCACCCGCUGCGCCAUGUCCUACAAAGGAGGCUGGUGGUACAAAAACUGCCACGAAGCUAAUCUCAACGGCCUGUACAAUACACACACCGACCACCAGGGUGUGAUCUGGACCGCAUGGAAAGGGAAGGACUUCUCCAUUCCAUUCGCUGAGAUGAAGCUCCGCCCAUCCUCCUUCAACCCCCGGACACAAGGAUAGACAGAACCAGGGAGGAAGAGAAGAGGAAUAACACAAAACACACACACACACA